UAUAGCUCACUGAAAUCAACGUUGCCGGGCUUAGCCCGUUUCUCUUGCUCAGCACGUGUACCAUUGAAACACGUGGGUAUUAACAAAUUGUUUCAGCAAAUUUAAACAGAAAAUUAAAUAACGCAGCAAGAUGGGGAGGAAAGCCAAGUAUAAUGAGAUGAAAGAAGAGAAAAAAGGCGAUAAUCGCCGAGCAAAAAAGCGACAGGAAUUGGUGUUGCCAGAAAACUUAAUAGAGAAAAAAACCGAUAAGUUAAGUCACAGGCAAAAGCAAAGAGCUAUUAAAAGGAAAAUAAAAAAAACCGAAAAGAAAGAAAAGAAGCAAGCAAAAAAAUUGAAAUUAUUUGAAAAAGAGCCUCCAGCAAAAGAAGAUGAAGAUCAAGAGUCUGAUGAAGACUUAGAUGAGACUGAAGAUGUUUGCAGUGGUGAUGAUGCCAGUGGCAGUGACGACAAUAUGAAAGACAAUUUUAGUGAUGUUGAUGAAAAUGAAGAUGAAGAGGAAGAGGAAGUUGACAGUGAUGUUGAUGAAGAUGAAGAGGGACUUGACAGUGAUGUUGACAGUGAUGAAGAAGAUGAUGACAGUGAUGAUGCUGAUGACAAAGAAGAUAAUGAUGAUGAUGACAACGAUGACGAUGAUAUGUUGCCAAUUGAAAAAGCAAAUAAGAGGUUGAAAAAGAAACAAGCUGAAGAAAGAAAAUUAGCUGAAGCUGAAAUGAAUGAAAGUAUUGCUCAUCGUCAAGAGUUCACUUUCCCAACUGAGGAAGAGCUGAAUAACCCAACUGAUUUAAAAGAAGUUCAACAAAGAAUUCAGGAUGUUCUUAUGGUGCUAUCUGAUUUUGCCAAGUUCAAGAGCAGUGAUAGGUCAAGGUCAGAGUACGUAGAUUUGCUAGAAAAAGAUUUAUGCACUUAUUUUACAUACAAUUCUUUUUUGAUGAAAAAAUUGAUGCAAAUAUUCCCAUUGACAUCACUAUUGGAGUUCCUUGAAGCAAGUGAAACUCAGAGACCCAUGACCAUAAGAACUAACACUCUGAAAACUAGAAGACGUGAUUUGGCUCAUGCUCUUAUAAGCAGAGGUGUUAAUUUGGAUCCAAUUGGAAAAUGGACAGAUGUAGGUCUAGUUGUAUAUUCAUCCUCAGUACCUGUGGGAGCUACUCCGGAAUAUUUAGGAGGUCACUAUAUGCUACAAGGAGCCAGUAGUUUCUUACCAGUAAUGGCAUUGGAUCCUAAACCAAACGAGAGAAUCCUCGACAUGUGUGCAGCUCCUGGUGGAAAAUCAUCGUACAUUGCUGCAUUGAUGAAAAAUACUGGUGUAUUAUUUUCAAAUGAUACCAAUAAAAAUCGUACCAAAGCCAUUAUUGGUAACUUCCAUAGAUUGGGUGUUAAAAAUUCAGUAAUUUGCUCAUAUGAUGGAAGAAAAAUCCCUUCGAUAAUUAAAGGAUUUGAUAGGGUACUUCUGGAUGCGCCAUGCACAGGUACUGGAGUCAUUGCUAAAGAUCCAUCUGUCAAAACAAAUAAAGAUGAAGUAGAUGUACAAAGGUGUUGUACGCUUCAACGUGAGUUACUAUUAGCAGCUAUCGACGCCGUCAAUCACAAAUCAGAAUCUGGAGGCAUUAUUGUAUAUUCUACAUGUUCUAUACUACCAGAAGAAAAUGAAUGGAUCAUAGAUUAUGCUUUAAAAAAGCGCGACGUUAAAUUAGUAUCUUUACAGGAGGGAUCUAAGCCAAUAGAAUUUGGAUCAGAAGGUUUCACUAACUUCAGAAAUCUUAAAUUCCAUCCUUCUUUAAAAAUGACAAGAAGGUUUUAUCCUCACAUCCAUAAUAUGGAUGGAUUCUUUGUUGCUAAAUUGAAGAAAUUUUCAAAUAACAAAACCAAUCAAGCAUAAAUAAUGUUAAU